CGUGCACAACCUUCUCGGGUAAGCUGCUCGCCUUUUUUUCUAGGGUUUUGUCUGCUCUUCGAGCUCUAAUGUCGCUGCUCAUCGCUCGCGAGAGACCAGCUUCUUCCGCAUUUCUUUUUUAUUACUUCGUACAAAAAUGGAGGAAUAAUAAUAGAUUAAUUUUUCAGAUGGUUGUUGUCCGUCUUCGAACUUAGCCACGACGGUAACAAUUCGAUUUUGUUGGGACAACGAUAAUGGCAGCGUGGUUGGUUGGGAGAGGUGGAUAGAGCUGGAGAACAAUACAGCUUCAACCCAGCUUAUCAGGCCGGGGCUUCAAUGGAAAGUAGAGAAUGUGAGAUGAAGGCUCUUAGUCAAAAUUCUCAAAGCGUAGCCUCCUCUUUUUUUCCCACUUCAGAAAGUUCUUUUUUAAGGUAUGGAAUUAAGUUUUCUUAUAAAAAAUUCUUACAGUUUGUGGUUGUGAUACUAUGUUCCUACCGUUGUGACCCGAAAAUAGUUUCACAAGACCAAUAGGAGUCAUGUUCCAUCUAAUGCAGUAGAGAGGUUUUGGGUAGGGGGCAGAUGUGGGGCAUAUCAUAAUCUUUCUCCAGCAGAUUAGAGAUGUUUUGGCUCAAGGAUUGUUGAGGUUAGGUUCUAUCAUCUUAUGAGCUUUUAAUGCCAUGUUUUUGAGUAUAUAUUCCCAAUUAUAAUACGCUCUCAUAUGCUGAGAUUGCCAAAUUGGAUAGAUUUUUAGUAGGUGAUAGGAAGUAGUAUGAUUUUUUGAAGAAUUGUUGUUCAUUCCAGUCACACUACUUUAUGUUCUUCCAGACUCUUCUUUUAGCUAUGCUUUGCGUAUGCACACUUUUUAACUCUGAGUACCAAAAUCAUCUUUAGUUUAAAAGGACAAAGCUUCAAUCGACUAUUCAAUGUGAAGCUACUUUCCAUACCUUCGAUUCCCUUCUCCAAUGGAACCGGCAAUGAGAUUAACCGAUCUGGGACUUCGACUAGACUUAGCACAGAUGAAUAUGGUUUUAGACUGCCCAGAUUCAAAUUUUGCACCUUAAGUGAAGUAACCAGAUAUUUAAGAUUCAGGUUCAAAGAGGUAANUUAUUUUCAAAUAUUAGUAAAUAAAUUAUUGAUAGAAUUUCUUAAUGUGCAUCGCAUAAGAUUCCCAUUAUGGCUCUCACCAUUGUAAAAAUAGCUCUCACCGUAAAAUCAUCAUUGUCUUCAUGAAGCCAACGGUAGUGCUUCAUUAAUUUGGGUUGUGUUAUACAAUUCCUGCAUAAAUGCAGCCACCAAUCUCCAUUAAUUUGGUUUGCUUAGGUUUUUAUGCUCUUAAGAAGUUAAAGAAGCUGUUGUGCAGCAGAGAAUAAAAAAAAGAUGAUGGAAAAUAAUGAAGAAGUAGCAGGAAAAGGAGAGGUCAAGAGGAAUUUUGAUUGUGCCUCUUUUCAAUUUGACAUGCAUAGUUGCUUGAAAGCGUUGAAGGAGGGAUCUGCACUUUUCUAGAGGCAAAUAAGUAAUUCGGUUUCUAGGCAUCUCAUGUAAGAGAUUUAACUUCCUCCAUAUUAAGAAGACUAGAAGAGAUUUAACUUCCUCCAUAUUAAGUAAUUCGGUUUUUGUGCCACACGUAUGAAUCUAAAAACACUUCAUUCUCAUGGAAACAUGAUUUCAAUCUAAAUGAGCUCCAGGUGUUUGGCUUGAAUUGUAACAUAUUUAAUUAAAAGUAAUGGCUAUUGUUACAGUUGGUUUUGCUAAUUUUUCUUAUUGGAAGUUUCAGGUUAACAACUAAAAGAGAUGAAAAGAGUGUUUUCUCUGCUGAUUUUUCAGAAAUGUUUCAUUUAGACAUUAUAUAAAAAGGAAGAAAGAAAAGGAAAAGCCAUUCAAUGUGCACAGUGCAGAAAACAGCUAUUUUUAAAUUAAUAAAACAGUCGUCGUAAUGUAACUUGGCAACAGUUCAAAACCUGGAGCUGGCAGAAGACAUGUACCUUGCUCAGAUCCCUCCAGCUAACAAUUUACAAGGGAUGAUAAUUGUGAAUGGGGGAGAGAUGGGUUAUGGUUAAACAGCUUGCAUCACCAGAAACAAAUACUUCUAUUUCUGCAGAUCAAUCUUGGAUAAACAAAAUAAGUACCUUUGUUUAUAUGGUUUCUUGCAUGCUUAGUUUAUGUGUAAAUAGAUACAAUGGAAUUCUUCUCAUAUAUGAUUUCAUACGUUUGUUCUUUUUUUUUCUUAUCUUCUAUUAUUAAUUUCGAACGGUUGAUAUCAAUCAAUCAUUUACACAUAGAAAAAUGCUAGUGCUACACCAAAAGAAAUGCACAACAGUUAGUAAUUAUUAUUUUUAUUUCAAUAAUUUUUUUAUAUGUGGUAAUAACACUUUUACAUAAAUUUGUAACUUCAUUUUCUGGCCGUGCAACGCACGGGUACGAGUCUAUUAAUUUUCAAAAGACUUAAAAACAAUAAAUUACUGCACAAGCAACCCUUGGUCAAACCUCUUCCGAUGUAAAAAAAAUGAAGUCCGAAAACAGUCGCUCCCAAAUACAUCAUCGUCGACCCUAUCAUCUCCGCCGCAAUCCGUCGUCGCCGGAUUCCGAUUCCACCUCUUCAAUACCACAACUCGGCGCCCUUGUUCUGUUUGAUGUGCCUCUGACGCUACGCUUGUUUUUCAUCAUUUGUCCGCCGCCGGGAAAAAUCCACCCCAAACGAAGCCCGCGCGCGCUUAUCCCGUCGUAUCUCAGUCACGUUACGGAGAGUUUCCGAGGCCAUUCCGAUUGUUCCCGGUUCCUGCACGCGAUUCCUCUCAGGUGCUACUUGCUAGAGUUGUUGCUGUUUCUUAGCAAUGGCAGCUAGACUUAUAGCACAAUUGGUUGUUUUGGGUUCUGGGAUAAUGGUGAGGGCAUUUGCUCAAGCAUAUCGCCAAGCACUAACAAAUGCUUCCAAAACUGGUGCGGCUCAAGAAGUGGUUCAGAACGUAAAAAGAGCGGGGAAAACAAUGACAGAGCUGGAGGCAAGACAAAUCCUCGGUGUCGCGGAGAAAUCCACUUGGGAAGACGUCUUGCAGAAGUACGAUAACCUGUUUGAGCAAAAUGCAAAGAAGGGGAGCUUCUAUCUUCAAUCCAAAGUCCACCGAGCCAAAGAAUGCCUAGAAUCUGUUUACCCAAAGUAGUAAACCACAUGGAGGGAGUACAUCUUGUUUUGUAUUUUUAUAUGUAGUGGUGCUAGAAAUGCUUCUUGAGUUUUAAAGAUUGUUGAAAUGCAUGGUCUUCCGGUAAAGACAAUAACAUUUUACAAUUAUUCUUAUUAAUAAUUUUAAUUAUUGUAAAAAAAAAUAAUUGAGACUUUAUUUU